AUGGGUCAGCGCCAGGGAGCAGCACGGCCCACGCUGCCCGAGGGCGGCCUCUUUGCUGUUGGGGUGAAGCAGGGCUGGUGGAGGCCUCGGGGGGCGGCGGUGGCAGGGACGUCGGGCCAGGCGCUUGUGGGUGGUGGGCCACGUGGGCUGCAGCCCAGCCCCCAGCACAGGCUCAGUGACAGUGGGGCCAGCCCUGGCCAGGAGGCCCUCGGGAACAUGAUGUCCUGGUACUGCUCUGUCCUACCUGGGACUGGCCGAGCCCUCGCGUCUCAGGCUAGAAGCAAGACUUCAAACUACGACCCUGCCCACGUGCUGGGCCUGGGGCGACCGGGGGCAGCUCACUCGGGAGACGCCCAGCCCUCCGAGGAGCGGCAGGCCCCCUCCUUGCCUGUUCCCCCUCCCCCAGCCCCCCACCCCCAGCGUGCGGCCACCUUGACCCACGCGGGCCCCUUCUGCCUGUCCCUGCCAGGUGGCAGCUGCCUGGCCUUCCGGCACGGGCAGGUGAGUAAUGGCUCAGGGCUCCUGGGAGCGGCGGGAGUCCCCCUGGUGUCCGCCACCUGGCCGCAGCCCAGCCCCCCGGCAGCCAUGCCCGCAGUGCCCGCCGAGCCGCAGAUGGACCGCGUGGACAACGGCUCCCAGAGCGCUCCCCAGCUCUUCCUCAUGACCCCGCUGGCCCGUGGCGUCUCGGGCGUCUUCGUGUGGACGGCCCUGCUGCUCACCUGCCACCAGAUCUUCCUGCACCUGCGCUCCUACACGGUGCCCCUGGAGCAGCGCUACAUCGUCCGCCUGCUGCUCAUCGUGCCCGUCUACGCCUUCGACUCCUGGCUCAGCCUCCUCCUCCUGGGAGGCCACCCGUACUACGUCUACUUCGACUCCGUGCGGGACUGCUACGAGGCCUUUGUCAUUUACAGCUUCCUGAGCCUGUGUUUCCAGUACCUGGGGGGCGAGAGCGCCAUCAUGGCCGAGAUCCGGGGAAAGCCCAUCAGGUCCAGCUGCCUCUACGGCACCUGCUGCCUUCGGGACUGGUCCUACUCCAUCGGCUUCCUGCGCUUCUGCAAGCAGGCCACCCUACAGUUCUGCAUCGUCAAGCCCAUCAUGGCCCUGACCACCAUCGUCCUCCAGGCGUUCGGCAAAUACCACGACGGGGACUUCAACGUCCGCAGCGGCUACCUGUACGUCACACUCGUCUACAACACCUCCGUCAGCCUGGCCCUCUACGCCCUGUUCCUCUUCUACUUCGCCACCAGGGAGCUCCUGCAGCCCUUUGAGCCCGUGCUCAAGUUCCUCACCAUCAAGGCCGUCAUCUUCCUGUCCUUCUGGCAAGGGGUGCUGUUGGCCCUGCUGGAGCGAUGCGGGGCCUUCCCCGAGGCGCAGACCGUGGACGGCAGCACGGUGGGGGCCGGCACCCUGGCCGCGGGCUACCAGAACUUCCUCAUCUGUAUCGAGAUGCUGUUUGCGGCCGUGGCCCUGCGCUACGCCUUCACCUGCCAGGUGUAUGCGGAGAAGAACUCGCCAGCGCCCCCGGCCCCCAUGCAGAGCAUCUCCUCCGGACUGCGGGAGGCAGUGAGUCCCCAGGACAUCGUGCAGGACGCCGUCCACAACUUCUCCCCCACCUACCAGCAGUACACACAGCAGGCCACCCACGAGAGCCCUGCGCCCGGCCAGGGCGGCCACCCCUCGCCCGGCCCCCACCCUGGCGGCUCCGGCGGGGGCAGGAGGAGCCGGAACGUGGAGAAGCGGAUGCUAAUCCCCUCGGAGGACCUGUAGGGGCCUCUGGGAAGGGGCAGGCCCCCCACUCCGACCCUCUUGCCAAAGGUGGAGCCCCUGGCAGAGCUGCCACACUGGGCACCCCUGUGUCCUCAGAGAAACUGCUGGAACAAAGCAGGAGAGCCGGGGUGGAGGAGGGGGCUCCGGCCGGCAGGCGGGGGGCCGCUGCAGCCACGGCUCCUAGCAGCUGCACGAGACGCAGUGGACACAUCCCAGGCGGGCAGCGGUGUCGAGGUACAGCCAGGGGAGAGCUGUGCAGCCCAGCCUGAGGCCCACACAGGGGUCUUGGGCACCGUGAGGCCCACACCCCAGCCACGGGGAGCCCUGGUGGAGCCACACCCGAGGAGGUGCCGCUUGUGUGUGCGUGGGGCUCGCCGGCCCUCACUGUCUCCCUCCCGCGAGGCACCCUUAUUUAUAAAAACACCUCAGGUCUUUUCUCAACUCCUUUGGCUUCCAUCCUGGCCGGCCAGCACGCCAAGUCACAGGCCACCGUGGGGGAGUCUGGGGGCUGGGGGGCGCCCCUGCCCUCCCAGCCCAUGGCACUGCUGGACAGGGCAUUGGCUCGGACGCCCCGGCUUCCUCCCCACCCCCAGCGCCGAGCAAGGCCAGGGUGGCUCAGCCCCCAGCGUGCCGGGCCCCAGGGG